CCAGGUGCGUAUUGUGGCUCUCCUGGCCUCCUGCCUCCUCCUCUCUCUCCACCCUCAUCCCAUACAAGUGUACACCCAGCUAUCUACGGAGCAGAAACGGAGCCACUUAGCGGUUUUCUUAGCGUGUUUUCAGGAGUUGCUAGUUAGAAGAUGCCCAAAAAAUUCCAAGGAGAAAACAGCAAGGCAGCUGUGGCCAAGGCUCGGAAAGCUGAGGCUGCUGCACAGGAAAAGCUGAAGAAAGAUAAGGCUGAAGAGGAAGCAUUUUGGGAUGAUGAUGACAAGCAAAUUAAAAAGAAAUUAGCAAGAAAGGAGGAUCGCGAUAAGAAGCGCCAGGCAGAACUGGAAAGAAAAGCUCAAAAUCGAGCUUUAGCAGAAGAUGAAGUGGCAGAAAUAGUGCCUAAACUUCCACCGCAAAAAGUGACCGCAUACCAGUUACAGAAAAAUCGAGAAAAACAAGAAGCAGAGAAAGAAUCGAUUGAAACACACUUGGAUGUACCCUUGGUUGAAAACCUUAAUAGAGACACUGAUGAAAUUGUGUCUGCAAGUGGUAUUGAUGCUGCAUUAUCUGCUUUGAGUGUUCCGGAUGACUCGACAGACCGUCAUCCAGAGAGGAGAAUGGCUGCUGCUUUCAAAGCCUUUGAAUCAGUAAGACUUCCUCAGAUUAAAAAAGAGAAUCCUAACUUACGACUGUCACAGCUGAAACAGAUGUUAAGGAAGGAAUGGCAGAAGAGCCCUGAGAAUCCCUUAAAUAAAAGACAACUUGAAUAAUAAUUCAUUAAUGCUAAAAUUACUGCAAAUAAUAUGACUGGCCAAUGGCUGUUUGCUUUUAAAAGUGAGUGAAAGGAAGAAUCUUUAUGCAAAGACAAUGAAAUUAAUAAGUUAUUAGUGCAGCUGCUGGACUAUACUGUAUAUCAAUAGAAAGCAUGUGGUACUAAUACAAAAUUAUGCUAAAUUUUGUUAUGGCUAAAAGUAUACAGAUUUAUCUAGUAAUGCCAGAAUUCCUGUCACAAUAUGCUCAAAAUUUGAAACUCAUUUUACAAUAUGAAAAAGGUAUGCUAAAUACAACAUACAUAUUUCUGCUAAGCAAAACUAAGACAACAUCAGUCAUGCUAAAGUCCUGCUUACUUUUUAUGUUUUUCUGAGAAAGUUUAGCAUGUUUCCUAUCAUCUACAAUUAAGUAACCAGUUCUGAGGUUAUUAAAGCAAAUGACCUCAAGUUCAGUCCUUGGCUUGAACACUGAUCUUGGCAGUUCCAAUAAAAUGUGGUAUCCCAUUAUUAUGGUGAGCUGAUGUUAAUGUAAAAGUCUUCCCUUGAUGUUUUUCUGAAUUGCUUGCCACAUUUGAAUUAUUUUAUUAAAGUAUAUGUAUACAGGUAAUUCCUGGAAACUUAAUCAUUUUAAUAGAAAUUUGUCACAAGAUUUGAGGCUAAGUACAAUCAAUUAGCCUGCAUUCACUUUGAUAUGAAUAAACAGGAUUUCAUGUAA